CCCGUGAUCACACCACAAAAAAACAGAAUGUCGUCGCGUUUGGCCACUUUGCUGGGCCUCAGCCAGGGACCGGAGGAUCAGCAGCACCUCCAAAAGGCCUUUGAGGAAGGCAGAAAAACUCCCACCAGGCAGACAACGAACCUGAAGAUGUCGCCGUCGCCGAUCAAGUACUACUACGACCUGAUGUCGCAGCCCUCGCGGGCUUUGUUCAUCAUAUUUCGCCUGAGCGGCAUGCCCUUUGAGGACUGCGUGGUUGCCCUGAGGAAUGGAGAGCACUUGACCGAUGACUUCAAGCGCGAUAUAAACCGCUUCCAGCGCGUGCCCUGCAUCAACGACAAUGGCAACAAGCUGGCCGAGAGCGUGGCCAUACUGCGGUAUCUCAGUGCCAAGGGCAAGAUACCCGAGCAUCUGUAUCCCAAGUACUUUGUCGACCAGAGUCGCGUGGAUGAGUUCCUCGAGUGGCACCACAUCUCGCUGCGCCUCACCUGCGCCAUGUACUUCCGCACCGUGUGGCUGGAGCCGCUGCUCACCGGCCGCACGCCCACGGAGGCCAAGAUCGAGAUGAUGCGCAUGCAUAUGGAGCGCAACCUGGACGUCGUCGAGGAGGUGUGGCUGGAGAGCAGCGACUUCCUGACGGGAUCCAGCCUCUGCGUUGCAGAUAUAUUUGCAGCCUGUGAGAUUGAGCAGACACGCAUGGCUGAUUACGAUGUGAGGAUCAAGUACCCUAAGAUCCGGGCCUGGCUGAAGCGCGUGCGCCAGAGCUGCAAUCCCCACUACGAUGUCGCCCACAAAUUUGUCUACCAGAUCUCGGGAACGGGUCCACAGGCCAAGCUCUGAAGCCACACUAUCCAGCAUCCAGCAUCCAGCAUCACCAUUGCCUGACUGAUUGCCAUUUUGUACAUAGAAGAUCAUUUUCAUAUCUUUAGGAUAGAGUUUCUUUAGCAUUCCUUAUGCUACAGCUUAAAUUAUGCAACAAUUGUCUUGUUUCUGGUUUAUUCUUGUACAUUUAUUCUUAAUAUUUGUUGUUUCUCUUUAUUGUGUCGUCAUUUAUAGCAUUAUAGAAAUCCACAUUUAUUUGUUGUUUGAAAAAAAAUCAUAAUA